AUGUCAUACAAACUUGAUUUACGCAAGUCUGUUUCAAACCUUUUUGGACAGCUAAGUACAAACGAAAUUCUUCGUAUGUUCAAAGACAAGCCAAUCUCUCGCCGAACAAUUUUUCGUGUUUUAAAGGAUUGUCAUGAAGAUAAGGAACCAGAAAAUAAAAAAAAUCUGGUAAGUGUCAGAACAACGAAAAGUCUGCUAUCGAAUGCCAAAAACAAGGUCGGUCAGUCAACACGGCGAUUAUCGGGAAAAUUUGAAGUUUCAUACGUGACAGUUCAUAACAUUUUGAAGAAAAACAACGUUUUUUAUCGGAAACGUAAGCGAGCACCAAAAUAUACAGCCAGACAACUCGAAAUAAUACCUAAAUGUUGCCGUGAACUACGUCGUAAACACUUUGUAAACGGAAAAUUCAUGAUUUUGGAUGAUGAAUCUUACUUCACUUUUUCGCACCAUGAAUUGAGUGGAAAUGAUGGCUUUUACACUGAAAAUAUUGUAUCAACACCUGACAAUGUUAAAUAUGCUAGCAAAGCCAAAUUUGAGCCAAAGGUGUUGGUAUGGGUGGCCAUUUCAUCGAAAGGUAUUUCAACACCAGUUAUUCGACCAUUUGGAGCCAAAGCGAUCGAUUCUGACACUUAUAUCAAUCAGUGCUUGCCAAAACUGAAGCAAUUCAUUGAAAACCAUCACACCCGAGCCGAAAUCAUGUUUUGGCCGGAUCUUGCAAGCAGUCAUUAUGCGAAAAAAACAUUAAAUUGGCUAACUGCUCAAAAUAUUCCUUUUGUACCGAAAAAGGACAAUCCACCAAACAUUCCACAGACACGUCCAAUCGAAGAUUUCUGGUCGGUUCUUAAACGUAAGGUGUACGAGAAGGGCUGGGAAGCUCAAAACGAGCAACAAUUGAUAGGACGAUUCAAGCGAAAGUUGAAAGAUAUCAACAUAUUUUGA